GUUGCAAAGGUCAGGGUGCACUCGGGGCCCGUGGCAACACGCGCGUUCCCACCACUGAUGAAAGCCGACAACGCGCCGCCUGCUCCCAGCCCGGGGAACAUGGCCGCGCUGAGCGCCGCUAAGAAGGUGCUUCGCCUGGAAAUGAAGCGGAGGGUAGCGGCUCUGAGUGACGCCGAGAAACGGAGACAGACAGAGGCCGUGAGCCGGCGGUUAAUAGCUCACCCCAAGUACCAGAAUUGCCAAAGAAUUGCUGUCUUUUUGAGCAUGUCUGAUGAAAUUCAGACAGAAGACAUAAUAAAAGAUGUUUUCCAGCGUGGAAAGGAGUGCUUCAUUCCCCGAUACAAAUCUCGAAGCAACCACAUGGACAUGGUGAAACUGGCUUCAGCUGAAGAAAUCCACCACCUUCCUCUCACGUCUUGGAACAUUCGCCAGCCUGCUGAAGAUGGUUUGCUGGAAGAGGCUUUAACCUCAGGAGGCCUUGAUCUGAUCCUGAUGCCUGGCCUGGGAUUUGACAAACAUGGUAACAGACUGGGCAGAGGGAAGGGUUACUAUGACACUUACCUGGAGCGUUGCUUGCAGCACUCAAGGGGCAGACCCUACACCAUUGCCCUGGCCUUCAAGGAGCAGAUCUGUGACCAGGUCCCAGUGACUGAGACUGAUAAGCAAAUCGAUGAGGUAUUGUAUGAGGUCCCAUAGGUAGGUUCACCUGAAGCACAGAGGACCGGAGCUGACAUUUGUUCUAAUCAAGGACAGCAUUUACCCUAAAAAAAUGAAGACAAUUACGUACCAACUCCUGUUGAAGAGGAAAAUAGUUUAUUUUUAACAGGAAGGAAUCUAAUUUUUCUGAUAAUUGUCUGCUGUGACAAAUAUUAAUAACAAGUAAAACAGAUGAACAGAUGUUGCACCUUAGAUUGCUUCAGAAAGCAGUCAAAGACAGGUCUUGAUUUAUAUAUUUUAUGCAAUUACAGUAUUGUAACCCAUCUUUAAUUCAUUACAUAAUUUAAUAAAAAGACCACUUUGUGUGGGUACCUGUCACA